CCCCCAGCGCGGGCAUGGCGGGUGGGUGGCGGGCGCUGCUGCGCGCUGCCCGGCGCUACCCGUGGCCCACGAACGUGCUGCUCUACGCGGCGCUCUUCUCCGCCGGCGACGCGCUGCAGCAGCGGCUACGGGGCGGUCCGGCCGACUGGCAGCAGACGCGGCGCGUGGCCACCGUGGCCGUGACCUUCCACGCCAACUUCAACUACGUAUGGCUGCGCGUGCUGGAGCGCGCGCUGCCCGGCCGUGCUCCGCGCGCCGUGCUGGCCAAGGUGCUGUGCGAUCAGGCGAUCGGCGGGCCCGUGGCCGUCUCGGCCUUCUAUGCCGGCAUGAGUAUUCUCCAGGAAAAGGAUGACAUAUUUUUGGACCUGAAACAGAAAUUCUGGAAUACGUACAAGAGUGGUCUGAUGUACUGGCCCUUUGUGCAGCUGACCAACUUCAGCUUGGUUCCCAUGCACUGGAGGACAGCUUACACUGGACUUUGUGGUUUUCUGUGGGCUACCUUCCUCUGCUUUUCACAACAGAGCGGUGAUGGCACGUUCAAGUCUGCUUUCACCUUCCUUCAUGUGAAAGAGGCCGGUGCCGUUGAAAGGCCUCCCGAGAAAUGAGAAGCCAAGGACUCCUUGACAAUGAUGGAUUUAUUUUAUUUUAUUUUUUAAUGCAGUGAAUUGCUUGCAGAUAAGAGUCUACUCAUCAGUUAUGUGCUCCAUUUUGGAGAAUUACUAUUGCAUAGACCCACUGAUUAAGUAUCAAUGAAUACUUUAAAUUUUAUUCAAACCUUUUUUCCCCAUGCUAGUCUGAAAGUAUCACUUCUCUACUGUGUUCACGUCUCUAAUACUUUGGUGACCACCGUGCCAUCAUGGCAUUUUGCAAUUAUUACUAUUUCUAUUCUAAUAUUUUAAUGCCAGUUGAUUUAAAGAACCCAUUUUGCUUCUAAAAUCUCAGGUUGUCUCCUAAACACUUUGGAUCUGUUGAACUUUUAUACCAAAAAUAUUCCUUAUAUAAGUAAAUUGGUGUUUACAUAGAGCUCAAUCAAGGAGAAGAUUAAAUAACUUGAUUUUUUUUUUCUGGAAAUACUUUAUAGAAUAAUUUCUUGUUCUCCUGAUGCUAAGUUCUGUAAGAACAUUUUAUGCCAUCAAAAAAUAAUAAUAAUAGUAUGUGAUUGGUGUGUCCUGUAUAGAAAUGUAUUUCAUGGAUGUCUUCUGCUAUUGUAAUUUUGAAAAUUUUUUUUAACGUUUGUUUAUUUUUGAGAGAGAGCAGGAGCAGGGGAGGGGCAGAGAGAUAGGGAGACACAGAAUCUGAAGCAGGCUCCAGGCUCCGAGCUGUCAGCACAGGGCCUGAUGCAGGGCCCAAACCCACGAACCGUGAGAUCGUGACCUAAGCUGAGGUGGGAAACUUAGCCGACUGACCCACCGAGGCGCCCCAUACGACUAUUGUAAUUUUGAAGUUAAGUACUUUUUAGUUCAUGUGUUCUAGUUUUGAGCAAAUUCAGUUGACCGAAGUAUCCCAUAUCUGUAUUCUAGACUCAGGAAAUAUACACAACAUCUGGCUUCUUAAAGAAAUAUAUUGAGGGGCGCCUUGGUGGCUCAGUUGGUUAAGUGAUGACUUCGGCUCAGGUCAUGGUCUCGUGGUUUAUGGGUUCGGGCCCCACGUCGGGGUCUGUGCUGACAGCUCAGAGCCUGGAGCCUGCUUUGGAUUCUGUGUCUCCCUCUCUCUUUGCCUCUCCCCCUCAUGCUCUGUCUCUCUCAAAAAUAAAACAAACAUUUUUUAAAAAUUUGAAAAAAUAUAUUGAGUGAAGUUUCUUUUCUAAGAAAAUGAACAAAUUUUCUUCCUCUGGAAGAAAAACUCUAUUUCAUAGGUUUCCAAGGAAAACAGUUACCCCAAAUUUCACACCGAUGUUAUAUUUUUAAAAAUUAGUGUUUUCAAAUAAAUCUUUAUGGGCAGUCUUUAAGGCAGGUGUGAGAAACCUGAUCCAGACUUUCUGAUUUACUGUUUGUCUAACCUCAAAACCAGUGGGUCUAAAAAUGCUGUGGAUAUCUCAGGAAGGUUCAGCAAACUUCACCUAAAAACUGCACCCCAAUGCUGUUUUUCACGAGUUUUUCAUGAGCAUUUCACAAGUUUUAACAUGGGAAGAGCUGAAGUGUUCAUGCAUUUAUCUUGAGAAUUUGUAUUUAAGAUUAAUUAAGGAAUGUGCACUUAAGAAUUUUAAGCAUAUAAUUCAUAUAAUUUGUAAUAUAAAUGUGUUUAAGUCCUAACUAUAUCAUGUCUAUGAUUUAUUUGAAUUUACUGGGUAUUAAUAUAUUUUACAUUAUUGGGAGAAUGGUGAGAACAUUUCUAGACAGCUUAAUUCUAAAAUUUGUUACAGUACUCGCAUUAUUUUGAAAGUAGUUAAUACAACAGCUAUUUCAUAAUAUAUAAGACAGAUUUUGUCAUUGAAAAAGUGUAUCUAGAGUAACUAUGAUAAAGUACUGCCUGGCAAUCUUUUAGACGAGCUUCAGCAUUACUUUUUUGAUGGAAUAGUUGCAUUUUGUAUAGAAGUAAUUGGGAACACAGGGGCGCCUGGGUGGCUCAAUCGGUUAAGCGUCUGACUUCGGCUCAGGUCAUCAUCUCGCAGCUCAUGGGUUCGAGCCCUGCAUUGGGCUCUGUGCUGAUGGCUUGAAGCCCAAAGCCUGCUUCAGAUACUGUGUCUCCCUCUCUCUCUGCCCCUCUCCCACUUGUGCUCUGUCUCUCGCUCUCCCAAAAAUAAAUAAAUAUUUAAAAAGAUUUUUAAAAAGAAGUAAUUGGAACACAGACCUUGUUUAUACUGUCAAGGGGGAAAAGCUUAUUAUUCAUAAAUGAGUGUGAUCAUCUUUACUCAGUCACGUGCUGCCUUGUGCUGUAGAGAACAUAUAGCAUGCAUUCUCUGAAUUUUUGCAAGUGAUACACUUCUGAUUUUUAUGCAAUAGUACUUUCAUGUUUUAGUGUGAGAAAUGAAAGUUACUCCAAGUAAUGCAAUGUUUGUCUGUUUUAAAAUGCUGCUGGGGCACCCUGGUGGCUCAGUCCGUUAAGUGUCCGACUCUUGAUUUUGGCUCAGGUCAGGAUCUCUCGGUUCCU